AGUGUCCCCUUCUCGGCGUCCCCUCUGAGAACUCGAUUGUUGUCGGAGGGAAGUUGACGGGUUUCGCGCUUUGCUGGCAGAGGAUGUGGCCCACACCUUCGCGGCAAUCGAGACUCGCUGAACAACAGAGAAUACUAGCUUUUUAACCAAAAGUAUCACCAGGGACAAGAGCAGCAGUACAGUAUGGCACAGGUGGCGCGCGCAAGGCCCGUCGCUGAAGUCAGGUGGGAGGGGGCACCUGUGUUUCGGCGUCUCCUCCUCAGCGUGGACGGGAAGGUUAUUUUCCUUCCUAGACCUUCUGCUGUGCCCUCGGUUCCCAGCUCCAAGAAGGAUGAGCAUGGCUGCUUCUCAGUUUGGAGCACAUUCCUGUUUCUGUAUUUGUUGGUGGCCACCCCAGACGUGUGAGCCCGCCGGUGAAUUUGGGGAGCAUGCCUCUUCACAGAGUUUCGGCUCCAGGAAAUGACCAAGUUCACGCCUGGACACUAGUCACCAGCCAAGCCUUAGAUACUGCGUGGAGAAUAGCAAAGGGGUCGGUGAUGUUGGCAGUUUCAUUUCUGGUGGCUGCCCUUUGCUACUUCAAAAGGCUGCAUUUAUAUUUAGGGCGCCGGCUGAAAUGGUGGAUUGGAUAUCUGCAGAGAAAAUUCAAAAGGAACCUCAGCGUGGAGGCGGAAGUUGAUUUACUCAGUUAUUGUGCCCGAGAAUGGAAAGGAGAGACACCCCGGGCCAAGCUGAUGAGGAAGGCCUACGAGGAGCUGUUUUGGCGGCGGCGUAUUAAAUGUGUCCGACAAGUCAAGAGAGAUAACUAUGAUGCACUGAGGUCCGUGUUGUUUCAGAUAUUCAGCCAGGGCCUCUCUUUUCCAUCCUGGAUGAAAGAAAAAGACAUCGUUAAGCUUCCUGAAAAACUGCUCUUUUCACAAGGUUGUAAUUGGAUCCAGCAAUACAGUUUUGGUCCUGAGAAGUAUACGGGUUCGAAUGUGUUUGGAAAAUUACGUAAAUGUGUGGAAUUAUUGAAAACGCAGUGGACUGAAUUUAGUGGAAUAAAAGAUUAUCAUAAGAGAGGAAGUAUGUGCAACAUCCUUUUUUCUAAUGCUAUCCUGGAAUAUAAACUCUAUGAAGCUUUAAAGUUCAUCAUGCUGUAUCAGGUCACCGAAGUUUAUGAACAAAUGAAGACGAAAAAGGUCAUUCCCAGUCUUUUUCGACUGCUGUUUUCCCGGGAAACAUCGUCUGAUCCUUUGAGCUUCAUGAUGAAUCACCUGAAUUCUGUAGGCGACACAUGUGGCCUAGAGCAGAUUGAUAUGUUUAUACUUGGAUACUCCCUCGAAGUAAAGAUAAAAGUGUUCAGACUGUUCAAGUUUAACUCCAGAGACUUUGAAGUUUGCUACCCAGAGGAGCCGCUCAGAGAGUGGCCAGAGAUCUCCCUGCUGACCGAGAAUGACCGCCACUACCACAUUCCCGUCUUUUAAGUCUGGCGCUGCUCUCCCAGUGACAGUGGUCACGCUUGCAAGUCAUGUUUCUUGCAGACAAAGCAAGUGUUGCCGCCAUGGAAGGAAUUAGGACCUUCUCCGGAAUGAAGGGCACGCUGGACGGCUGUGCUCCGACGAUGCGCGCAUGGCUUUCCUGUGUUUCCCAGUCGUUUCCUCGGAAGCAGCUGCACUCGUGUGUCUGUGGGUUGGUGGUUUGACCUUUCACGAGGGCUCUGGUCACUUCAUACACGGUGGGCCUUCAAGUGCAUGAAGAAGAUUAAUUUGGACAAGAACAGGAAAAAAAUGAGAAGCAAGCAAGUUGGGAGAAAAGACUACCCUUGAAA